CUGAUUAAACCUGGGUGCUCACAUAAAUACCCGUUCAGAUCACCCCCUCAGACCUAUCGUUAUUUCUUAAAAGCCAAGAUAACUUGCAAGCAUACAAUUUAACCUUGUUGCGGAAUCGUUUGCUAGGUCGCACCGCUUAAGACGUCUUUCGUGAUGAUGUAUGCCUCCAGUCAAUCUCUGCUUGGCUUCGCUGUCGGUCUCGCUUCGAUCGGCUUCGUGUAAGUUUUACCACAUGAACUACAAAGCAUUGAUCGAGCAUCGCCAUACCACAUGUUACUCGGCCGGGAUAUUCCGUUGUAACUGCACCAAGUCCUUCACCCACUAUCCCAGCGUCCUGCUGGACGACCUGGGAUGACUUUGAGCAUACCACCGCUGGCGUAAGCGGACCGAGCUGCUACACUUUUACCGGGACCAGCGUGUGUAUGUUUCUUCCUUGCGCGACGAAAAGAGAGCAGACCGUAUUGACUCAUGCACAAGUACCAUGCCCGGCAUGUCCGCCGCAGACAAACCCGAUCGCGUGUCCUGCCCUGGCCGUCUUGACCACGUUGCAGGUGCCCUGCUCCACAGACUGCUGUCCCACCACGUCCACGACUUACCUCCCCGGCACCUGCCCUCCGUGUGGUCAAUGCGUCAUUCCCACUUACACCAGCACGGUGACGACGGGCUGUCCUGUUUCUUCCCACGGCUAUCCGACGAAAACCGCCUAAGGCAUCACCGAUAAUCAUCGGCAGUAAGCCCCUUCGUCUAUUAGUGACCAUUGCCUGAAUGAUGUCUCGUGGCGAAGCCACCGCGUCCACUUUUCAGUGCCUGUUUUAUUUUCCAACGCAUAUUCGAAGCCGACUGCCAGAAUUAGUUGGUCCUGGCGUUCCGAUCUCUUUACCAGAUAGGUGGCAAACUCCGAGAGUGGUGAUAGCGAGUUGAGUAGGAAUACGGUAGUCAAUUCUCCACACGACAACUACUUGUUCAGCUCUGGUGCCAAGGCAGAGCGAACGGCAUUAGCUUGAGUUCGGACAAUGGUCUAUAUACCGUACAAAGCAAA